AUGCACUCAAGGGAGGAGGAAGCAAAAGAUGAGACGAAUGCAAACUUGCAGGAGAUUGAGAACCAAGCCAAGUACAUUCAUCGAAAGAAUACAUAUCAUUAUCGAACUGUGGAAACUUUGAAGGAGAUUGAAUCGAAGCUAGAGGUCGAAUUGCAGCGAGUUCAAGCUGAAAACCUCGGGCGACAUGGCGUAUUGCGAGCGACAAGGAGCGUGCAAAAUAGCCUUCUUGUCCGGCAGACACCCGUGAGCUGCCUUGAAGGUGGCGAAUUGAAGAAGGGCAAUGGACAAAACCUGUUGGAAUCGAAACUUCGUGUCCCUUUGGACCAAGUUCAAGCUUUUUAUUCGGGAGAGGUUUUGAAAAUGUCGAAAUCUAAGUUGUACAACCACGUUGUAGCAAACAAGAAGAUCUGGGCCAGCGUAGAAGUGGGAGAGACUUCAAAUAUGGAGGGAGAUGAAAUUUUUCUGCCUCACGGGAGCGGGUUGCUGGAGUUUGACAUCAAGCAUGCCGAGUCGAAAUCUUUCUUCUCUGGAAGGUUUUGGAAAGGAGCACGCCGCGGGCUCGGGGUGCAGCUCUGUGCAGAUGGUGUUGAGCUUGCUGGGAGUUGGAAAGACGAAACGCUGGAAGGAGGAUGCGUGAUCUCGUAUCAAAAGAGUACAUUUGCUGGGCAGCUAAGGAGCAACGUGUGUCAUGGGAUCCUUUCACUGGACGGGGGUCAAGACUUCGAGGACUUCUGCAGAUGUACAAAGUUGGAAGAAAAUUUUGAGACGGCUACAAUCAUCCAUGGUAACUUCCAGAUGGUCUGGGAGAGUGGGAGAGGGCUGUCUUUCAAGGAGGAUGAGACGGCUGAGGAUGGGCGAUCAGAGUUGUCUGCGGGCAGUCAGCCGUUAGAGCUACCGUUUCAGCAUGAGGAGGAAGCAGAAGAGACUGUCUCUGGUCAUCACUUUGGGAGCGGAGAGAUGAAAUCAGACGAGGCGACUCCUGGCAAUGAGGAAGGCAGGGAACUGGAAGCGAGUCAGGACGCUAGACCACCAGGGGAAGAUGUCGGUGAAGGCGAAGGAAGCACUUCAUCUUCAACAUGCACUGACGACAUCGAGACGAUUCUUGAGGUGUCAACAAUCACCAGCCCCAUCAUGUCAUCUCCUGUCGUCGAGCGCCGAGACGUCAUGUCGGAAUCCUAUGCAGCCUCCUUCAUUCGACAAGUGCGCAAUCUCGGAGAACAAGUCUGCGACGAAUGUAUGGUGGACGCUAGCGGGACAGUCCAGUCGAUUCUCCACCUGCUGAGAAGCGAAGAGGACUUGAACUUUGACAACUUACUUCUUUUUCUUUCGGACAAGAUUGACAGGAGUGAGAUCUCCCUUGUUGAGCUCAGCGACGAGGUGCAUGAAGCCUUUGAGCAGCUCAAGACGAUCCUGACGGCUCCUCAUCAUCGAGACCUGUGGGAGGAAUUUGCGGGUGGAGGAGAAGGAACGAUAGAAAGCGAACAGGUUGCGCAUAGAUCCUCCAGUUUUGAUGAGCUCGACGAGCUUCCUUCGGGUAGACCAGCCAGUGAGGCAGGAGAGACUAGAGGAACUUCAGCAUCGUCCUAUGCUGCUUUCUCGGAUGUGAACUACAAGCAGGAUGUAGGGAAGGCGCUGCUGUUCACUUUGAGAGAUGGGAGGAGACACAACAGGAAGUUUGAGAGCUCCGACCAGACGGUUGUCAAAUGGCAGAGGUACAAAGAGAUUGCGAGGAAAGCUUUCGAUGUUGCAAGCGACGCCAACUUUGAAAGCGAGAGAGGGAGGGUCAGGGCAAGGGCAAGCUUCAAACUGAAUGAAGCUCUCAAGAAGAAGACAUUGUUCGUCCACGAUGCUUGCAGAGAGAGGUUGAAUGCUUUCACAAUCUGCGUUGAGACUAUCAAAGGUCUGCCCUUCUUGAAGAACUUUGGAACAGUUUUCUGGUUGCGAGUGGAUGUCUACUUUGAAGAGGAGAACAGGAGGAGGCUGGUGCAUCAAUGCGACGAGAUACUUGUCAAAUCUUCGAGUGAGAUCUUACUCAACUCCAGCUUCUCACUGCCCUCGUCAUGUUUCGGCGACAGUGACCUUCUCGCGGUGCUGCUCGUGCGGACUUCGGAACCUUCGGGAUGGAAAGUCGUUGGAGAGAGCAGGCUGAGUAUUCCCGCAGACAACUGCAUGCAGGAAGAAGUCGUCAGCAGGAUUAUGUUGAGCUACGAGGAGUUACAAGACAACAACAGAACGACAGGGAGUGAAAGGGAAAGUUUACCAUCGACACCAAGUGCGAUGUCGCAGAUGCUGACUUCCUCUCUUGAGAAAUGGCUCAAAUUAGUCUAUCUGUCGAUCGAAGACUACAUGGUUGAGAUCGGAACCGUUGCCGUGGUGUUCCUGUUGUGGAGGAGUCAGGUGAAACAGGCCCGAGACGCGUUCUUGGCCUCCCAAGGAAUCUUCUGUGGGGUCAAGCGCGAGGAGAGCGUCAGAGACAAGACUCGAUUCAUGGGUAGUUACUUGACCUGUAGCCUGCGAAGAGGGAGACGAGAGGCGACGGGGUUGUCAAAGUCACGGCAAGUUCAGUUUGCAAAGGAGGGAGCUCAGCUGGAGUCGUACGUUGAGAGCUCCUUCACAGUGAUGUUCGAUGUGUUGGAGAUGUUGAAGCAUCUGCAGACGUUUUUCCUCCGCCUAUCCUCUCGCGCCGACAAGAACUCAUCCAUCCCGCUGCGCACGGAGGAGAAGCACGUCAAACACGCCAUGAUGUUCAGUUACAAACUCUGCAUUGACAACCUCGAGGUCAUCGGAUCGAACCCACUCUAUGAGCGAACUCUGCUGUGUGCGUGUCUGGCCAAUAGGAAGAUUGUCGAACAAGUCACACUGACAAGUGUUCCUGGCCAUUCGAGAAACUUUUCUGUGAAGAUCGAGAUUUUCUCCUUGUUCGAAGGAAUACAUAUCAGACGUCAGUUGUCGUCACCAGAAAUCCGAUUGCAAGCUGUGCAGGGCAAAGAGAAAGAGAGAAUUUAUCUUCCCGUGUUCGACGAUGAUAGUCUGAUUGACGUCACAAUCAUCAUCGAGGGAAUUUCCUUCCCUUCUUUUGCUGUCCCCUCAAACAUGUCGAAAGUUGUCUCAUGCAAACUCUCACGGUCGGACAACCUUUUGUUUUCUGCAAGGGAAUUUUCUGCAUGCUCAGACGAACUCUGGAAUGAGACAUUUACAGAGACAGUGAGCUGGAAGACGUGCAGAGAAAAGCUCGAUCUUUCUUUGUCGAUGAAAGAUGAGAAGUCAGGCGAGGACUCAUCACCACAAGUGAUUGGAGGGGCUUCUUUCACCCUGCAUGAUAUUCCCAUCGGAGAACAUUUCAGCCGAAUGUUGAAGGUGCAGGCGACGACAGGGGAGAAUCUUUCUCAGAUCUCCACUUGCCUCCUCCACCUCUCCAUCUUGCUCUCUCCGAAGCCUCUGGACUGCAUGGGAUUCCUUGAGAUUUCGCCUCACCAUAUCAGCCCCAAGGCGCCCUCGAGAAGCAAGAAGGCUGGUGGGUUUGGAGACACUCGACAUUCUCGCCAACAGACGCCGACGGCUCGAAAUUUCUCUGUGAUGGUACACGAGGUUGUGAAGGCAAACCAGCAGGUGCUUACAGACAGACAACCUUGCGCCGUCAGUGUCAUCGACCUUGCAGGGAGAUUGCUAUCUCAAACGAGAAUGUCAGAAGAUAAGUGGGAUGAAAAUCUCUCUCUGCCGCAUCAACUUCCGUCGACUCUGUUUCUUGUCCUUCAUCAUUCCACUCAGGUUGGUGAAGAUGCUAGUUUGCUGCUCACAAUCUACAUCAACCAGCUUUCAUUGCCUGCAUCUAUUUCCCAGAAACAAACAUUCUUCUUCCUGACCGCAGAGCUCGACGGAGCUGAGUUGGGAAGGAGCAGAAGUCGACUGAUGACUUCACAAAUGAUCGAUGAAACUUUCAAGGUGAUGAUUCAAAGAAAGGAUCUUGACUUGAACAAACUCACUGUCUCCGCCACUCUGGUCGUCGAGGGGCUGAAGUUCUCUGGUUCGUCAGACCUGCCGGUGUCAAUCGGGAUGUUUGCCGACCAACAAAUCCGUUUCACUUGUCAAAGUCAGCCGCACGAUGGAGAAGCUCCAACGGACGUCAUGGGCGUGUCAACCGUCGAGACCAUCUUGCAAGUGAGCGUCUCUCUCUUCAAGGACGUGAAGACUUCGAAAGAUUUCUGGAGGACUGCCGUCGGAACUUCGUCGUUACAUCUCGGCCGCUACCAGCAGAUCGUCCAGUCCCCACAGAAAGACAACACUGAAAUAGCUACCCUCCUCCUCCCCCUCUCAACUCAUCACCUCCCUCCUCGCUCCCCCCUCGUCCUCUCAAUAUUCCUUCACAGGGCGAUCGGGCUGCGGGCAGCCGAUCGCAACGGGCUGUCGGACCCCUACGUUACGAUCUCCCUUGUCGACGCGCGAGACCCGAAGCUCGUUCUCGUCGGGCCGGAGAGAACGAGGACGGUGAUGAAGAGUCUGUGCCCAAUCUGGGAGCAGCUGAUUGAGCUCCCUCUCAAAUCCUUGGAUGCCGACCUCGUCAUAGAGGUCUACGACCAUGACGUUGGCCCAUUGAAUGACGACUUGAUCGGCAAGCUUGUCAUUCCUGCGUUCGCACUCGACGACUUGGUUCAUGACAGGUUCGGCGGAGCGAUUGCUCGACAUGGUGUGUUCACAACAAGACGAGUCCUCCAGCAGACAAUUGACGUCCAACGAGAUGUAACUGUUAAGAGCAAGAAAGUCUUCUCAGAGGCAUACGAUCCCAGGAUAAGGAGGUAUAGGAUCACUUCGUCAGAGGUGAAGACGGAAAGAAAUUUGCAGUCACCAUCGGUCAAAGUGGCGCCUCCAGAUCAGCGACCGUCGAGCUCGGGCAAGUGUGUAACUGAGCGAGAGAGGAUCUCGAUCGACGACUUGACGUCCCUUGACCACGACGAUCUCUGCUUCUAUCCCAUCGAGACGUUCCAGACUCGAGAGCCGCGAGAGGCGUUCAUGACCUCCGGCAACUUCACCCUCCAGGUCUGCAAAGCAGAGCACCUGCCAAAGAUGGACACGUUUGGGAGCUGCGAUCCAUACUGUGUCAUUCAGUAUGGAGGGCAAACCAAGAAAACAAGUGUCAAACACGGCCAGUACGACCCAGUGUGGAUGGAGAACUUCAGGUUGUGGUAUCAGGAGAAGGUGGAACUAGUUGUCAAGGUGUAUGAUCAUGAUCUCGUGGGCUCACAUGACGAGAUUGGAGAAGCUGUGAUAUCAGCGAGUCUGUUGUCUCAGAUCCUGACCAAGACAGAAAGCAGACAGCUGGAGAUGAAAGUGAUGAAGAAGAAGAAGAUUGUGGUGGGGCACGAUUCUGAUCACUCAAUGAUCACGCUCAUGUUUGCAAACAAGCGCUUCCCAGCCUUGGACGAGAUCUUCAGCAGCAGCAGAGACUUUGACCUCCACCAUUUGCACAACGACACUCUAGUCCCUGCCGGAAGAAUCCAGAUGACCGUCAAUAUCAGAGCCGAAGAUUCGGACCUGUCGUUCGAUCGAACAACCUCUGCAAUCCCAUCGCUCCGGUUGAGUUUGCGCAACCUGAGCUCUGCUGACGUGGAGGAGCCUUUGGCGAGGACGGCGGUAGAUGACAACUCGAGUGACAACUCGGGAGUCUACGAACUGCAACUUGUCCAGCUGAAGAGUCUUGUCAACUUUACUCACAAUUAUUCGCUUGUCAAACUUGUGCUGUCCACUGAGAGCGAAAGACCAGCAGGUUCCCAGCAUCAGCUAUCACAAACUUUCACUGUAUCCGUGACGGGUCAAAUUCUUGCCGACUCCCAGCCAUUUGCUUUCAUCGCUUCCGUCAGGACAGCGGAGGGUCAGAGCAGUCAAACUCUCAACACCCGCAUGCUCGGAGAUCGCUCCUUCGUCUCCACCGCAUCGUUCGCCGCAGCUGCCGACGACUCUGCGAUCACCCUGCACGUGUACGAUCACAAGACACAAGUUCAAAUCGCUGACUUCUCCCUCGACCUUGAGUCAGGAACGGCCCCUCAGAUGCUGGACCGACUUGUCUCCUUUGACUCGUUCCCUCCCACCUCGGAUCAGUCGAGACACACGCUAAGAGUGGAGGUGACGGCAGGGAGUGACUCUUCCUCUAAAGAGAUCACGAUCGCAUCCGAUCGCCUCGGGCUGAUCCUUGAGGAGACGCAGAAGCUUCGAGCAGGCCUCUCCUCUAGGUUCCUUCAUCUCAGGCUCAUCGCAGUGCAACGGACGGAGAGGAGAAGCUUUCUCAACAUGCUGCAGGAGAGCUCUCAAGAGAUCACACUUGCAAGUGCGAGGUUGGACCUCAGCAGGGUCCCCCUGAGGCAGACAGUGCAUGGAUGGCUGCAGCUUCACAGGAACGGAGUCUUUCAAGAGUCGGACGUGUCGGUACGGCUGCUGUCCUGCCGGGGGCUGAAGCAGCAACGGUCGAGUCCCCCGCAGACCCGAUGUAUCGUCCGUCUUAUCCUCUCCUCUCCCUCCCUCACCUCCUCCCAAGAGUUCCAGACGUGUGAAGUGAAGGGGAACAACCCUCAGUUCGAUCAGAGCUUCGUCUUCCACAACGUCCGUCACGUCUCCAGACAAGAGCUGCUCGACGACACGGCUCACUGUCAUGGUCUGGACGCCUUCUUGCACGUCAUGGUGUUCCACUCGGGCAAGCGGAGGAUGAUCAGCACAGGAAGGAGGGGAGGAAGGUUCAUGGGCCAGACUUUCAUCCCGUUGGGGAAGAUGGAGAGUUUCAGAGACGAGGAGUCGCAAGGAGGAGGGUCAAACGUCAAACAAGUCGUCGGGGUGCGAGAGCGAUGGUACCCGCUCUUCGGAAGGGGCAAGACGUCUGAUCGCAUGGAGACGUCAACGAGCAAGAGGGUAGAGAGUGAGCCUCAUGGAGCUGUUCGCCUUGUAAGCGCUCGGGCUGUGAGUCUUCCCGAGCGAUCAUGGCUGGACCCUUCCCUCCUUGUCAACCUUGUUUGUCAAUCGCGGUCUCUCGCUGAGCGACACGUGGCCAACUCUGCGCUGGUUGAGGAGUGCAGCAUGCUCAAUAUGAGUCUGCUCAACCUCAACGUCGUUGCCUGCUCGGAGCUCAAGGUGGAGGCGAAGCAGGUUCAGACGAGCUUGUUGUGUGUGUGUCACGUGGGGAUGAAGGAGAUCGCAACAAAGAAGAUCAAGACUGACAGGGAUGUGAUUUGGAACGACAAAUUCUCUCUCCCCAUCGAGAGAGGAGCAAGUCAUGUGGUCAGGGUCGACCUGGUCCAAGAGACCAACAGAGGGCAGCAGGAGAUCAUCGGCUCGACCAUUGUCAACCUGAGAUCCUUCGAUCCUUUCAAGUGGCAUGACCAAUGGUUCGCGCUGGAGGGAGAGCGAGAGUCUGUCUGCUCCGUCCUAAGGGUACAAGUCCGGCAGGCCUGCCACCUCCCUGCCAUGGAUCGCAACGGCAAGUCAGAUCCCUACUGUAUCCUUCAAGUGGUGGACGGGGACUCACCGCUGCAGAAGGGCUCAAUGCUAGCGAGUCUUUUCAGCGACAGCGACAGUCAGAAGACCAAGAUCGUCUCGAGUUGCCUUGAUCCAGUAUGGAACGAGUCCUUCCUGUUCAGAGUCUCGAGCCCGUCCGCGAAGUUGCAGCUAUUGUGCUACGAUCAUGACACGGUCGGCAGACACGAUCUGAUCGGUGAGAGCGUAAUCGACAUUGCAAGCCUGCAGCCUUUCGAAGAUGUGUCGAGAUGGGUACAACUGUACACGCCUGAUGGCGAGAAGCUUCACGGAGAGAGCGAGGAGGAGAGCAAGGUGUACCUGCAGUUCUAUCUUUCCAAGGCAAACAAAGAUUACUUCUCCAUGGGCUAUCUCAGACUUGCCUUUGAGUUGACACCCGCGUCAAGCGCUGAGGACGUGGAGGACGAGGGGAAGGAGGAGCAGGUUCAGAGCUUGCAUGCGAUGGAAGAAAAGAUCGAGACGAGACUGUCAGAGUUCGGUUCGGACGAUCGACAAGUAAAGGAGAACCUUCACUCCUCUCAAGCGUAUCUGUCCUGGGCGAGACGAGCUCUUAGCAACUACUUUUGA